AAUGAUUUGAGACGUGUAAAAAGAACAAAUAAAUAAAAGAACAAUGGUGUCGGCGAGAAAGAAGAACAGAGUCAACUCACUCCCUUUCCCUUGCGUGGAGAAAUCUACAAGCGGAGAACUAGAUAAUGACAUCCCUUCGCUUUUCUUUGGAAAAAUUCAGUAUAUGCUGACUGCUAUAUAUGAUUCUUGAAUCGAGACCUAACCAUCUACCUCUCUCCGCCACCGCUCUCCUUGUGUUCGUGCAUGGGCGAGGGGAAACUUGGUCUUAUGGGCAGUUCAAAUGCUGCAGUGCCUCUGUCUCAAGUCACCGUCGGCAACUUCAACUUCGCAUCAAAAUUCACCCACAACUACCAUCCACCACCAUAAUGGCCCUCCUUCUCUAGAUGGAACCUCGACGGAUGGGACUCCAUUAUCGAGUACUUCGCAAUCUCCUACUGUUAACCUCACUGGCGAAUACACCCUCGCAGUUCAAUCUAGUUCCUACAACGAGAUAUGGUCCAAGAUUCAUGAUUCCACUACCCAUCAGGAAGUUGAUGGAGAACAAAUUGAGUUUUAUUCUAACAAUGACCAUGAGGACGCCCGCCAGUUGCUUUUGGCACAGGUUCUUCACCCAAGCCGAGAAUGUGUGGAGAAGGUUCUCCGCCAUGCCAGGCCCAACACUCUCAUUCGCCUGGCAUCCGACUACUUUGAGCAUAGUGAAAACACUACCCACCUCUGCCUUCUCCUCCACCGAAGUGUAUAUCGUGCCCGAGCUCUGUAUGAUCCUCUCCAUAAGCUCCUUGAAGUUCUUUCUCUAGACUCAGGCUACCUAACUCAAUCCCAGUGCAAUUACGCCUAUGAGAUUUUUCUCCAAUUUGAUCGUUGUAACAAUCCUUUCCCUUGUCCGGAUUCUCAGAACUUUCAGGAUAUACGCCACAGCUUUUCGCAACUCAGGCAACAACUAGAUCACCGACUUCGCAAGUCUCGCUCUAGAGUCAGCCUAGUUCGCCGAGCCACUACUGCCUCUGCCCUUUGCCUCAUUGGUUCCGCUGUGACUGUCACUUUAGCUGCAGUGGCAAUAGCAACACAUGCCUUCGUUGCCAUUGUUGCCUGUCCUUUUUGCACUCUCAUAAACCUUCCUAGAAAACUCACAAAGAAAGAGCUUGAACAUGUCAAGCAACUGGAUGCUGCAGCGAGGGGAGCUUUUGUACUAAACAGUGAUCUUGAUACUAUUGACUGUCUUGUUGCUCGAUUGUAUGCUUCUAUUGAGAGUGAUAGGCAUCUAAUUCGGCUGGGACUUGAAAGGGGUAAUGACAAGCAUUCCAUUUCGGAGGUAUUCAAGCACCUGCAGAAAAACCAUCUCAAUUUUAUUGAUCAACUUAAAGAUCUUGAGGAACAUAUAUGCCUCUGCUUUAGUGCUGUCAACAGGGCAAGGUCUCUUCUCCUGCGAGAGAUCCAUGUGUAUCGAACUUCUGAUUCCUAACCAGUAACCAAUUGAUAUCUUGCUUUGCAUUUCAUAUACUUCAGAUAAUCAAUGUGUAAACUAUAACCCAUUUAAAGAGCUUGUACGCCCUGGCAAAGAUAUAGAAGUCUUUGCUCCCAUUUUUUGAACGGUGAGCAUUGGAGGAGCUGUAGCGCUUUGUACACCUAGCUUGUUGUGUCUCAAAAACAUUCUGAUUUGAAGAGAUUUGACGUGAUCAUCGAGUUACAAUACAUAGUUGUUAUGUCAUUUUGUAUUCCUGCAAUGUGUAUUUGUUGGCUGAAGAUGUCACCUUCUAUUAUGAUGGCUCUUCAGGUGCACUUCUGUGAUGUUCUAGGAUGUUAAAUGGAUAAUUUUAGGAUGGACUCUCCUCCUUCAUUUAAAUAAAAGCACUGGUACUGAUUAUGCAAGCACCAUUAACCUUGCUA